GCUUUACAACACUGUAAAGCUGCAAUGAUACACAAUUUAUUGCUUUUAUUAAACUGCAAGUAAAGAUAAGGGUCAAAUUGUAAAUAUAUUAAGGAAUUGUAAAAAAUGAUCCGAUUUAUCCUUAUUCAAAACCGAGCAGGCAAAACUCGACUAGCUAAAUGGUACAUGAAUUUUGAUGACGACGAGAAACAGAAAUUGAUUGAGGAAGUUCAUGCAGUAGUCACAGUUCGUGAUGCAAAACACACCAAUUUUGUAGAAUUUAGAAAUUUUAAAAUCGUGUAUCGAAGGUACGCUGGACUAUACUUUUGCAUUUGUGUAGAUGUCAACGAUAACAAUCUGUGCUAUUUAGAAGCGAUACACAAUUUCGUAGAAGUUUUAAAUGAAUAUUUUCAUAAUGUUUGUGAGCUAGAUCUUGUAUUUAAUUUUUACAAAGUGUACACGGUAGUUGAUGAAAUGUUUUUAGCAGGAGAAAUACGAGAAACAUCACAGACUAAAGUUCUGAAACAAUUGUUAACUUUAAAUUCCUUAGAGUAAAAAUAAAUGUUCAUUCCAGUUGCACUUUAAAGUGCUUUACCAUUAAUUUAACCUACACUUUGCAAUACUAUUAACGUUUGAAUAUAAAUUAUAAAUUGUAUAUGAAAUCUCUGGCUUGUAUUAUUAUAUAUGUACACGUAUGAUUAUUUACUAAAAUAAGAAAGUACUCAUGUUAUUUA